AUGAUUCAGAUCCAGCAGGAUUGCCUGGAAUGGGUCCUACAGUCAGGCUGGGCUGAGACUAGGAGAGAGGCCCAGCCAGAAGCCUGCUCUGAGACAGGGAGACUGGGAGAGAGGCCCAGCCAGAAGCCUGAGUUGAGACAGGGAGAGAGGCCCAGCCAGAAGCCUGAGUUGAGGCAGGGAGAGAGGCCCAGCCAGAAGCCUGAUCUGAGACAGGGAGAGAGGCCCAGCCAGAAGCCUGAGUUGAGGCAGGGAGAGAGGCCCAGCCAGAAGCCUGAGUUGAAGCAGGGAGAGAGGCCCAGCCAGAAGCCUGAUCUGAGACAGGGAGAGAGGCCCAGCCAGAAGCCUGAUCUGAGACAGGGAGAGAGGCCCAGCCAGAAGCCUGAUCUGAGACAGGGAGAGAGGCCCAGCCAGAAGCCUGAGUUGAGGCAAGGAGAGAGGACCAGCCAGAAGCCUGAUCUGAGACAGGGAGAGAGGCCCAGCCAGAAGCCUGAUCUGAGACAGGGAGAGAGGCCCAGCCAGAAGCCUGAGUUGAGGCAGGGAGAGAGGCCCAGCUAG